AUGUUGAUAGUAAAAGGAAAGGAAGGUUGGGUUUGGGUUUUGUUGGAACCACUGAGAAUAAUUCACAACAACAAACUCGUAUUCUUUUCCAUCGCUUCUUUCACAACACUCCCACUCUCUUUUCUUCUCUUCACUCUCUCUACCCCCCCCCACCCCCUUCGUAACCAUAUCUACCAUCUCGAAGCCCUCGCGCGUUUCACUUCCACUCUCAUGGAAGCGCGUCACGUUUCGCAUGAAUCUCGUGACAACGCCGUUUAUCUCCUCCGCAUCAGAUCAUUCUUCUACCUCCUUUGCCUCCCCUUAUCCCUCGCUGCCGCCGUUUCCUCCGUUUACACCACACACACCACUCUUCAAGGAAAAACUCUUACACUUACCUCCGCCCUUAACGCCGUUAGAAAUAACUGGAAGCGCCCGUUUAUCACCGUUAUCUUUGUUUACGUCAUCCUCAUGGCAUUCUCACCCGUGCCACGUGUCAUCGCUACGUUGUUCUUUUCGCACGAGACCCGGUUUCUUAUUAUGGCCAUUGGAUCGGCCUUUGAGGUUUAUUUGAUGGCGGUUAUGGGCUUGGGCCUCGUUGUAUCCAUCGUCGAAGAUAGAUUCGGUUGGGAUGCAAUUUGUGUCGGAUCGGGGUUGAUGAAGGGAAAGAGGUUAAUAUUCGGGUGGGUUCUUUCAAGUUUGUUUGUUUUUAUUUCGGGUAUAAUAAAUGGGAGAGUGGAAUUGUUGUUGGAAGGUUUGAAUUCUAAGAUUAGUGUUUCGAAUCUAAUGCUUCUCAUUUGUUCGUAUGGGUUUACGGUGAUUUUCAGUUAUGUUGUUACUACUGUGUUUUACUUUGAUAGCAGAAUACGACAUGACUUUAGAGAACCCGAAACACAUGAGGAAAAUGAUGAUUGUAUUUCGCUUUCAUCUUCUCUGUAA